AUGCUUACGGCGAUGAGUGGCGUGGACCCCAACGACCCGGGAUCGCUGGACCUGCCCGUUCCCGACUUCACCCGACAGAUGGCCCAGCAUAAUCAUCCACCGCGGAUUGGGCUGCCGCGUGAAUACUUUGCCGAGACCGCAACCGCGGAGGUAUGGGCGCAUACCAAGCAGGUGGCCCAACGGUUGGCUGAUGCCGGCGCGGAGAUCGUGGAGUUGUCGCUACCCGACACCUUCGCCUCGUGCCACAGCGCCCAGCGUAUAGUCAUGCACGUGGAAUGUGCCGCCUACCACGAACGAUUCUACCGAGAACGGGCCGACGAUUACGGCCCGCGCAUCCGCUCCGCCAUCGAAAUGGGUUUGAUAAUGCCGGCUUCCAAGUACAUCCAGGCGCAGCGGUUGCGGCGUCAGUUCCGCGACGACAUGGUGGACAUGGUAAGGCAGGUCGAUGUCGUCAUGACACCGGCCACCGUUUCACCCGCGCCCAAGGACCUCAACACCACCGGCGACGCCGCCUUCCAGGUGCCCUGGACCUCCAGCGGUUUGCCCACGGUUGUCGUGCCGUCCGGCCUGAGCGAAUUGGGCCUGCCCAUGGCCGUCCAGUUCGGCGCCCUGCCCUACGAGGAAGGCAAGCUGUUGGGCGCGGCCCAAUGGUGCGAGCAAGCAUUGGGAGUGUCCCUAUGUCCGCCCGGGUAUGAUUAG